GCUGCUUUUCUCAAUACGGGGCGCCUCUGGGAUGUGUCUCUGGAUGGGAAUGGAGCAUGAGUGUGAAGUGUAUCUGUUGUUGAGUGGUGUUCAGUCUGCUCAUAAAAUGUGACGUCACCUAUUAAAGCUUUGCCCUCAGGCUUCCUCACAGCUAUCUCUCUACAGCCAACCAGUCAUAAUUCAGUAUUUUAUUCAUAUAGUUUGAAUAUCUCCAAGCCUUCGAAUUUGGUCAAAAGUAAAUGUUUGUAAUUUAAAAUUCUGACAGUUUUUUUUCCUGUAGAUCACCAUAUAAAGUUAAUACAUAGUUUGCGUCUAUUUAAAAAAUCUGUUUUUUUCUAAUUAUGUGUUUACUUUAAAUAUCUAUUAAUCAUAUGUUACAUCUAAUUUUAGAAAUAAACAUUUGUAUAUAUAGUUACUUUCUACUUGGAAGGCAUAUCUUUUUAGUAAUGUAUUUUCCAAAAUAACAAAAAUUGGGACUGGCAGAAGUCCAAGGCACAUUAGAAUGUGAAUUUAGUACUUAGUAAAGCUGGCUAAAUGGUUCAUUCUUAACUUUUGUAGUUCAUAUUUGUGAUUGUAUUUUUUCCAAGGUAUUUUAUGAAAUGUGUCAAAAUGUAUUUCUCUGCAAAGGAGUAGUUUAACGUUGAAUUCCAGAAUGGAAAUCGACAGCCGUGUAUGAUAUAGUUGUGAACAAACAUGCAAAGCUCAUACCACUAUUUCAUGAUAUGGUGGCUAUUGCUUGUACAGGUAUUGUAAGUGUGUAUAUAUAUGUACUUGUGUAUGUAGAUGUUAUAAGUAAUAUAGCCCUAAUUUCUAGGAAAUGCUUACAGUUAGCAGAUGCAUUUAAAUUUAUUGAUUUGGGGGCUUGGUAAUGAGAUGCAUGCACAUAUAUGUAUAUUUACACUCACAUAUUAGUUCAACUAGAGUUUAGCAUGUAAUUUAAGAAAAUGUUAGAUGUCAAAAAUUCAAGAACAGGAAUAUUUGAUGAUUAAGAUGUUAUUUCAGGGCUGGAAAGAAACCUUUCUUUUCAUCACAUUCCCUAAGGUUUAGCCUGUUUGGUCUUUAUGUGGACAUUUUAUAUUAGAAUUGACUUUUUCAUUUAGAAUGAAGAAGUUGACUUCCAAGAUCUAAUGAUAUCCAUUGUUUGGUUUUUCUUAUGACUCUUUGGACUUCCAAAAAAGAAUCAUAGAAAUAAUCACCGUCAUUUUUCUCCCAUUCAUUCUUUUCUCAAAUCAAAACACUAUUGUUGCUUGAAAACACAAACUAAAGGUGUAUUUCAUGGAUAGUUCUGCUCAGAGCUUUAAAAUGUUGUACACACUACAGUUCUAUCUCAAAUGUUCAACUGUCAUAGAAACUUAAUUUUCAAAGAGCUAAACAACUCUACUUAAGACAUCCACGUGACAGCUAACAUGAGGAUUGCGGCUCAUUCAAAGCAGGAAUAUACUUUAUAUUCAAUGCCAGAAGUCGUUUGCAGAUCCAUUCUUCAUCAUGCCAAACCCCAUACGAUGCAGUUUAUCAUAGGUGGGAAAAAAGUAUCAUAUGAAGAGGAAAGAAAGAGAAACCAAUAAGAGAGUCCUAGACUUUCUCAGACUGAUGGAAACACCCAGUAAAGAGCGAAUAAGAACUCAGAGCGUGAUUGGAAAGGAGAAAGGACACUGCUCAAGUCGCAUGUAGGCUAUCCACCAUGGAAACAGACAUCACCAAACGCAGCACGAGCAUUGUCAUCAUCGGAAGUGGAAGCUAACAGGGUCAAAAUGAAGGUGCCUGUGUUUGAGGAUGUAAAAGAUGAGACUGAAGAGGAAAAAGUGGAGGAGGAAGAAAAGCAGGAAGACAAGGUGUUUCUUAAACCUGUUAUUGAAGACCUAAGCAUGGAACUGGCCAAAAAGUGCACCGAGCUCAUUAGUGAUAUCCAUUAUAAAGAAGAGUAUAACAAGUCCAAGGAUAAGUGCACCUUUGUGACGGAUACUCCUAUGCUAAACCAUGUAAAAAACAUUGCUGCUUUUAUUUCUGAGGCAAAAUACAAAGGAACCAUUAAGGCGGAUCUUUCCAACUGUCUGUACAAGCAUAUGCCGGCCACUAUUGACAGCGUCUUUGCAAGAGAAGUAUCCCAGCUUCAGAGUGAGGUUGCCUACAAGCAGAAGCAUGAUGCUGAGAAGGGGGUCUCGGAUUAUGCACACAUGAAGGAACCUCCGGAGGUGAGACAUGCCAUGGAGGUCAACAGACACCAGAGCAAUAUUUCUUAUAGAAAAGAUGUGCAGGACACCCACACGUAUACAGCGGAACUUGAGAGACCGGACAUCAAGAAGGCUACUCAGAUCUCCAAGAUCAUAAGCAAUGUGGAAUACAAGAAAGGGCAAGGCAUAGUGAAUAAAGAGCCGUCUGUAAUUGGAAGACCAGACUUUGAGCAUGCAGUGGAAGCCUCUAAGCUUUCCAGCCAGGUUAAAUAUAAAGAGAAAUUUGAUCAUGCACUGAGGGAGCAGAGCCAUUGCUACAACCCGCUGGACAGUGCUGCUUUCAGACAGCAGCAGCUCGCCACUGCCCUGGCAAGUGAAGUGAAGUACAAGAAAGACGUUAAAAUUAUGCACGAGCCCGUUUCAGAUCUCCCAAAUUUGUUGUUUUUAGACCAUGCUCUGAAAGCCAGCAAAAUGCUCAGUGGAUGGGAAUAUAAAAAGGAUUUUGAAGAGAACAAAGGGAUGUAUCACUUUGAUGCCGAGGCCACGGAGCACCUGCAUCAUAAGGGCAAUGCCACCCUCCAGAGUCAGGUAAAAUACAGAGAAGAAUAUGAGAAAAAUAAAGGGAAGUCCAUGCUUGAGUUUGUUGAGACACCAUCGUAUCAGGUUUCAAAGGAGGCUCAGAAGAUGCAGAGUGAGAAAGUUUACAAAGAAGAUUUUGAGAAGGAGAUUAAAGGGAGGUCCUCACUGGAUUUAGACAAAACUCCUGCAUUUCUACACGUGAAGUACAUCACCAACCUGAUGAGGGAGAAAGAAUAUAAAAAAGAUUUGGAAAAUGAAAUAAAAGGGAAAGGAAUGGAACUUAGUUCAGAAGUUCUUGAUAUUCAGAGAGCAAAGAGAGCGUCUGAAAUGGUCAGCGAGAAAGAAUACAAGAAGGACCUGGAGUCGGAAAUUAAAGGGAAGGGAAUGCAAAUUGACAGUGAUACCCUUGAAAUACAACGUGCCAAAAAAGCUGCCAAGAUAGCCAGUGAGAAAGACUAUAAAAGAGAUCUGGAGACAGAAAUUAAAGGGAAAGGAAUGCAGGUCACCGUGGACACUCUGGAUGUUCGGAGAGCUAAGAGGGCAUCUGAGAUGGCCAGCCAGAAGCAAUAUAAGAAAGACUUAGAGAAUGAAAUCAAGGGUAAAGGGAUGCAGGUGAAUAUGGAUAUCCCAGAUAUGCUUCGAGCCAAGAGGGCGUCGGACAUCUACAGCCAGAAAAAGUAUAAAGACGAAGCUGAGAAAAUGCUUCCCAAGUACUCCACUGUGGUAGACACUCCUGAAAUCCAGAGAAUCAAGACGACCCAACAGAACAUUAGCAAUAUAGCUUACAAGGAAGGAGUAGGAGCUGGCACCGCCCUAAGGAACACUCCAGAGAUUGAGCGGGUGAAGAAAACCCAGCACAAUAUCAGUUCACUCCAGUAUAAAGAUCAAAACUAUAAGGCCACUCCAGUAACCAUGACCCCAGAAAUAGAGAGAGUGAGGAAGAACCAGGAGCAGCUGAGUGCGGUCAAAUACAAAGGAGAGCUAAAACAGCCAACUUCCAUUUCGGAUCUUCCAGAGCUGAAGAGAGUGAAAGAAAACCAGAAGAAUAUCAGCAAUGUUUAUUAUAAAGGUCAACUGGGAAGGGCCACGGCUUUAAGCAUAACUCCUGAAAUGGAAAGAGUGAAGAAGAAUCAAGAAAAUAUUAGCUCGGUGAAAUACACGCAGGACCACAGGCAAAUGAAAGGCAGACCAUGUCUGAUCUUAGAUACACCUGCUUUGAGACAUGUUAAAGAAGCACAAAACCAUGCUUCCAUGGUCAAAUAUCAUGAAGAUUUUGAGAAGACAAAGGGGCGAGGCUUCACUCCCAUUGUGGAUGACCCUGUGAUGGAGCGGGCGAGGAAGAACACCCAGGUUGUGAGCGAUGCUGCCUAUAAAGGGGUCCAGCCUCAUGUUGUGGAGAUGGAUCGGAGACCUGGGAUCAUUGUGGACCUCAAAGUAUGGCGCACAGAUCCUGGCUCCAUCUUCGACCUUGACCCCCUGGAGGACAAUAUUCAGUCUAGAAGUCUCCAUAUGCUCUCUGAAAAGGCGAGUCAGUACCGGAGACACCUGUCUCGUUCCCAGUCCAGCAGCACUUUUGGUACAGGUCUGGGAGAUGACAAGUCGGAGAUCUCUGAGCUCUUUCCUAGCUUUUCCUGCUGCAGUGAGGUAACCAGGCCAUCAGACGAAGGAGCACCUGUUCUUCCCGGAGCUUACCAGCAGAGUCACUCCCAAGGCUACGGGUACAUGCACCAGACCAGCGUGUCAUCCAUGAGGUCCAUGCAGCAUUCACCCAACCUAAGGACCUACCGAGCCAUGUACGACUACAGUGCCCAGGAUGAAGACGAGGUCUCCUUCCGAGAUGGUGACUACAUUGUCAACGUGCAACCAAUUGAUGAUGGCUGGAUGUACGGCACUGUGCAGAGAACCGGGAGAACGGGCAUGCUCCCGGCAAAUUAUAUUGAGUUUGUGAAUUAAUUCUUCCUCCUUGCCCUUUGAGCUUUAUUCUGAUGUAUUCUAAACCCAAUCUUUUUAAAAGAUAGAAGAUACUUUUCAGAUAACUUGGCAAUUAUUUUACAAUAAUGUAUCCUUACUUUGACAAUUAGACACACAGGUACCAGGAGGAAGGAAUGACUUUUGGGCUGGAAACAGCAGCAUCCGUCGUAAUUCCUGUAAAGGAAACCAUUAGGUCUGGAGACCUGGUGCUGCUAAUUGUGUUUGUGGUUUCAUUUAGUUGGCUAUUCAACCCUUCUGGGAAAUGUAUUUUUGUAGACUUUAAUAGAGAUGUUGAUUGUCCCUUACAUGUAACAAGUGUAUGAAACUUCUUAGCUGUCACCUGGAAUCAUCUGAAGCCAAUUCUCAUAGUCCAGCAACACAGCCAAUAAUUUAAAAAUUGUUCAGCUUUUGAAUCAUUGGGUAAUUUUCAAUUCAAGUGAGAGUUGCCUAAUAUAAUAAAUGGGAGCAGUGGCAGAAUGAGUCUGGUUAAAAUGAUAUUGACCAUAGCCUUUGGGAGCAGGCAGGAAACUUGCCCUUUCCCUAGGCUCCCCAGGAUCUAGUUAUUUCUCAUUGUUUCAGGGUAUAGCCUAUAUUUCUCAGUGUUUCUUGGUAUUUCACAUGCGUUUCAUGGCGCAGCCAGUCUCCAUUUGCAUUCUGUGGGGCAGAGCACAUGCUUAGGUCCCCAGACCAUCAGGACCAGUAACUUCACAGCUACUCUGCAAAGGGCAAAGUUCAAUGUCAUCUGUAUUAUUUCCCUAGUAGCCUCUAUCCUGUUGCAUGUCUAGUGGGCUUAAGCUUCUGUAACAUGGCAGCUGCUUGCCCAUCCUUGUUAUAAAAGUCAGCAGUGUGGCUGAUCUUGCCCUGCCCUUUCUUGUAGUUGCCAGCUCAUAAGAAAACAUUUUGAAAAGUUGCUUGAGACUUUCUUGCUGUAUUAAACUCUAGCUUUGAAAGACUCAUGCCUGAGGAAAUACACAUAUACUCUAGUAAAUAGAAGACUUAUGUAUCUACUGGAUAGUUUUCGCUCACUUAAUGCUACUACCAUCGAUUUAAAAGAGCAAUGAAUUGGACAGCAUUCUGCGUAAGGGGAAAUGGACUAUACAGUAUAGCGGAGGGAAAACGAAAUACAAAACAGUAAGUAGAAGUUUGCACCACAAUUCAACGAUUUGGUCUUAUAUUUUGACAAUUGGUCUUCAUACUCUGGGAUGGAAAUAUAGCCACUAAGUAUGUCUAUAAAAAGGAUUCUUUUCCCAACCUUGGUUCUCAUUUUCUAAAUCACAUUCAGGAUUAGAUAAGAAAAUCAUCGGAGAUUUUUUUUUUGGUGCAACCAACAGAUGAUUCACUAAGAAAGAAAUAGAUGUCUUGUUUUGAGUGUUCAAGGUUUGUAUAAGUCACAGCCCCAAGUAGAACCAUUACUAUUGUAUCUGAAAUUUGCUCUGCAGUCUGCAGUCGAAGUUAGUGGAUGUCGGUGUUUAUCAAACUCUGUUUUUCUCAUGGUGCCUCCUACUGUGACUUGAAACAGUGUGGCAUUCAUUUGAGAUGUGAAACAGGAGAGAUCAGUCACAAAAUUGUGAGAAGAUACUGGGAUUGUGGGACUAUCCACCCAAUGUGUUCAAGGAAAUUAACAAAGCACCCACCAGUGAAAAACAUUUGAAUGAAGUGUUUAUGAGGCCAAACUCAAAGCUGAUUUAUUGAAAACUUUGAAAGUGAGUCCAUACUUUUGAAAAUCAGUAGUUUCAUUAGAUCUGCCUUAAAGAAAAGUUUUAUUACACUGAGCUGUGUUUCUGUGAUACUGAUAGAAUAUUGAAAAGAAAAAAAUAACUGAGAUUUUCCUGGAAAGGGUUCUUAUAGCUUUGUAAAUAAAGAGCUGAGCUAAUUUUCUGUCAUUUGAAUAGCCAGUCAUAAUUAACCUUCCUAACUGUUUUCAUGUCUUGAACACACACCUAAAAAACCAAACUGCACCUGCAAUAAUUUUACAAACAUCUUAAAACUAAUAGCAAGAGUGAUAAGCUGGCUCAUUUAUGUUAUGUGUCUUUAUGUUCCCCCAGGCAGACCAUUUGUGUGUGUUUGUAAUUAUUAAAAAAAAAAGAGUCGUUGUUGAUUAAAACUUCAGGCUAAAUGAAGGAAAGGUAUGAUUUUUGAUAAUUGUGUGCAGGAAGCUCAACCGAAGCUGACUUUGAAAUGAUGCUGGAUAUCAGCUAGUCUCUACAAAGUAGCAGCUCAAUGGCCCACGUUUUUGGCACUCAUUAAUUUCAAAGUCAGAUUUGAUGAAUGUGAAAGUCAGUCCAUAUUUUGGAAAUAAGUGUCCUAAAUGUUGAGCUUUACAUAAUGUUUGCAUAGCAAGAUUUUUCUAUUUUAAGCCUUUCUGAAUUAAGAUCUGAUCUGGACUCAAUAAGGGGCAGUUAUUCUCAAUACAGACUGAGGCAGAACCAGGCAAUGCUCUUGAUAGUUGUGACACUGUUACCAGCACAUGUAAGGAUGUUACCCACCUCGUCAGAAAAGAGGAGCCCAGAUGUGUCAUAUCCAGAUGCCAUCUUUUUCAGCAUCAUUAGAAAACGCUAUAUUUUUUUUAAUACACUUUCCACAUGCCUCCCUCCCCCUUGCAGUUUGGCAGCCAGUAUCUCACGUGUCACACUGACAGCUAAAGAUGAAUUUAAAAACAAGCCCUUUAGAAAUCAACCUAAGGGAAACUAAAUGCCAAGCACAGCGAGCGUGCACCUGUUCCUAAAUGCGGUGCUUUCUCAGGCCUGACAGACUCACAGGAAGAUGCUUGAGACGCUUCUCAAGGACUCUGGAGACAAAUGUAUUUGGUUCAUGUUCCUCUUGAGAAAAGUUUAACAACAGAAUAUAAUGCUUUUGCUGUAAGCUUUUGUAGCAGAUUUGAAAAAACUUUCUUUUUCUCCAGAGAGCUUACUAUUUCUAACCUGUGACAAAAUGAAUACUUCAUGUCCUCCUUGUGUUCCUACGUGUGCAGCAAACCCAGUUUGGAACUUCGAUCUGGUUGUCCUUCUUCAUGGAGCCCUUGCAUCUUCCCGUGUAUCUCAGUCUCCACGGAGCUCCUAGGAAUGUCUAAGCACCCUGUGUGGGGAUGGGUGAGAUUAGGACUGUCCCUCUCUCACCAGGGUCCUUUGUUUCAAGAUGAUGAUGUCAUUUGGCCAGUUUUACUAAAGUCUUUCAUUCCAGGUCUUCUCUGUUCUGAGGUUCAUAGCACUCCAGGAAUGCUGGGAAAACCUUUUCCACAAGUGACACACCCAGUGUUCAGGUUCCUCCACCUCUAGUGGAAUGCUUUCAGUGAAAUGAUAAAGAAUAUAAGUGUGAUCUUUAAUAAUGCAGCCCUAUAUACAGUGGAUAUAGUUUAUACUAAUGUUCUAAUAUAGAUAUAUACAAAAUAGGUGCCUUUUGAUUAUUCUUGUUUAUCAUUAUGGUCUUGGAAAGGAAACCAAGCAAGUAAGCUUCUGCAUAUUCUAUAACAAUAUUUUAUGAUACAUGAUUGCUAUUUUUGUGGUGAGAAGUGGGAUGCACCUAACUGAAAGAUGUUGCAGGUUGUAUUUUCCUUCUUAAGGUUUAGAAUUUUAGAAAAUAUCGACUUCUUCCAUUUUCUGAAAAGUUGGGCUUUUUCUUGUGGAUUUAUAUAUAGUUGAGAAAUAUAAGCAUUAAGUUUAAGUUUGGGGUUUAAAAUAUUUAUGGUGAGAUAGAUUAGUUAUAUUAUGAGGCUGAAUUCACUGCGUAUGAUGAGCUUUAUGACUUGAUCUUGUGUUAACUGUUUGUCUCUGAUAAUCUGAAUGUGGCUGCAUUGCACUUGUAUGGGGUAAUACAACGUAAUGAGAACGCUUUAGUUGAGUAGGAAGCUAUGUAAACUAACUUAAAAUGCUAAAAUGAAAAACUUUCUGAAGGAUUCCAUGCCCCUUAGGGCCCCCUUUCAGGCAAGUAGCUGUUAAUAACAGAUGACCAAAAGAGUCAGGACAUUGUGGGUAUAUUCUGUGGUCAUCAUUCAAGGACACAUAAGAUGCUGGACUCCUCAGGCUUCCCUGGGCAAAUGUCCUUCCCAACUGUCCGCGACUUCAGUCUAUCCCCAGGACUCCACAUGCUCACUGUGUCUGAUGUAUGGUAUCCUGUCUGCAUAGCAACACAUCACUGUUGUCAAUUAUUGUUUAAGAUGGUUUCCUUUAAAGGAGAGAGAGAAAGCUGCAAUGCAGCCACCUUCCUUUGUGUCCAUACAGUGGAUUGCUAAGCAUUUUGGAAGUAGCAACAAGCGUGUAACAGGCAUGAUAUUUGUGGAAUUGUUGGCUUUUGACCUGUGAUAAAAACACAAAUUGGAAUGGUGUACUUUGGAUUCUGUUUGCUUUGAAAUAUGUACAAUUGUGGUUGGUGAUUAAUUUGUAAAACUGUAUUAACUUUGAGAACAUAAUGAUUUUGAAAGAGGUAGUAAAUGAUUUUUCAUUGGAAGGGGAUCACAGAAUGAUAUAAGGUUAUUAGUAUAAUUUGGCUUUUGUUAUGCAAAUUGUUAACACCAGCUAUUAAAAUAUAUUUUAGUAGAAAUGCUUUAAUUCAUGUUUUCUUUUCCUCUACACUGUGAAUCUUUAAGCCUUGGUGGACCAGAGGCACAUUGUGAUGUCCAAAGGACUAACCUAUGCAAAUGAGUUCACAUCUUAUUGCUGCACAGUAAACAUGUGCUAAGAAAUGAUUUCUCCUCAUAGUGUACAGCAGUAUUGAAAUAGCACAGAAAGCCUGGCCUCCCAUGCAUUACACUGUAGUCCCUCACAACCCUUCAAGGCCACCAAAACCAUUAGCAUUUGUGGAAAUCAGAUUGUUAUCUAUUGGAACUACUUGAAUGACGCCAGGAGGAAAAUGACAGACAGGCAUCUUGGCUGUGGCUUUCAUAGAACUAUGUUCUCACAUAUUCCCUCUUCAGGGUCUUGGUAUUCUGUGUCUACUACAUGUGUUUGUAAAGGAUUUAUGAUGCAUUAAUUUCCUAUCAACACAUUUGGUUUGCUUAAAUAAAUACAGAAUGUAACAAAA